GUCCCAUCCUCUCAUGCUUUGCUGCUGCUGAGACUCUGGAUCCCCGGGGUGCUGCACGCUGUGGAGAGUAGUCUUGGCUGUCUGCUAUUAGGUUUCUUGUGAAAAGGCUUUACCACCUUUGUGGAAGAAGGAUUUCACAUCAUGGCGUUAAACCUCACCAUCAACACGAGCAAUCCGCCUCUAGGAGCGCUUCUGGCAGCAGAGCAUGUGAAGGCCAGUGUGCAGCUAUCAGUGGAGGAAGGCAAAGACACCCGGCUUCAAGUCUCUGAUGCGAUCCAGUUCAAUGACACCAACUCUAUCAGUCGGUACCUGGCCCGAGUGGCUCCCGCUCUUGGCCUCUACGGAUCCAACAUGAUGGAGCAGACCGAGGUGGACCACUGGCUGGAGUUCAGCGCUCGGCGUCUGUGUGAUCAGUCUGGUGUGAGCGCGGCACUAGGGGAAUUGGAUAAGGCUCUUUCUCUGCGCACCUUCCUUGUCGGACAAUCUGUCACUCUGGCUGACCUGUCUGUGUGGGCUGCCCUCAAAGGUCACGCGGAAUGGCCGAGUCAGGGCAAAACCUGUUCCCACAUCAACCGCUGGUUCUUCUUCCUGAGCUCUCAGGUUCCCUUCACGGCUGUGGGUAACAAAUAUGCCAGCAAGAAAGCUCCAAUGACCAAAUCCAACUCGGAUGAGAAGAAGCAAGAUGUCGGCAAGUUUGUGGAUCUACCAGGAGCUGAGAUGGGCAAGGUGGUGGUUCGAUUCCCUCCUGAGGCCAGCGGAUACCUUCACAUCGGCCACGCCAAGGCUGCUCUGCUCAACCAGCACUACCAGGUCACAUUUAAAGGCAAGCUCAUCAUGCGCUUCGACGACACCAACCCUGAGAAGGAAAAAGAAGACUUUGAGAAGGUGAUCCUGGAAGACGUUUCCAUGCUCCAGAUCCAUCCAGACCAGUUCACCUACACCAGCGAUCAUUUUGAGACCAUAAUGCGUUUUGCUGAUCAGCUGCUCACUGAGGGAAGGGCCUACAUCGACAACACGCCUCCUGAGCAGAUGAAGCUUGAGAGGGAGCAGCGUGCCGAAUCCAAAAACAGAAAUAACACGGUGGAGCAGAACAUGAAGAUGUGGGCGGAGAUGAAAGCCGGGACAGAGAGUGGUCAGACCUGCUGCAUGAGGGCCAAGAUGGACAUGAACUCCAACAACGGCUGCAUGAGAGACCCCACCCUGUACCGCUGCAAGAACACUCCUCACCCUCGCACCGGAACCACCCACAAAGUCUACCCAACGUACGACUUUGCCUGUCCCAUCGUGGACAGCUUGGAGGGUGUUACCCACGCUCUGAGGACCACCGAGUACCACGAUCGUGACGAGCAGUUCUACUGGUUCAUCAACGCUCUGCACCUCAGGAAGCCCUACAUCUGGGAGUACGCCCGCCUCAACCUCAACAACACGGUGCUCUCCAAGAGGAAGCUCACCUGGUUCGUGGAGCAGGGAUACGUCGACGGAUGGGAUGACCCCCGCUUUCCCACUGUUAGAGGAGUCCUGAGGAGAGGGAUGACCGUCGAGGGUCUGAAACAGUUCAUUGCAGCACAGGGUGGAUCACGGUCAGUGGUGAACAUGGAGUGGGACAAGAUCUGGGCCUUCAAUAAGAAGGUAAUCGACCCAGUGGCUCCGAGGUUCACAGCUCUGUCCAGCUCCUAUGUGGUUCCUGUCACCGUCUCAGAGGCUAAGGAGGAGAUGAAGGAGAUGGCCAAGCACCCCAAGAACGCAGAGGUUGGCAUGAAGGAGGUUUGGUACGGACCUCGCGUUCUGGUUGAAGGAGCCGAUGCAGAGACCUUCUCAGAGGGAGAGAUGGUCACCUUCAUCAACUGGGGCAACCUCAUCAUCACCAAGAUUAACAAGGGGGCCGAUGGCAAGGUCGUGUCCAUGGAUGCUCGCCUGAACCUGGACAACAAGGACUUCAAGAAGACGACAAAGAUCACGUGGCUGGCUGAAACCAACAGCGCCCCCCUGCUGCCUGCCAUCUGCAUAAACUACCAGCCCCUCAUCUCCAAAGCCGUCAUCACCAAAGAAGACGACUUCAAGGACUACAUCAAUAAAAACAGCAAGUCGGAGGAGCAGAUGCUUGGAGAUCCUUGCCUGAAGUCGUGUAAGAAAGGUGACGUCAUCCAGCUCCAGAGGCGGGGCUUCUACAUCUGCGACCAGCCCUACGAGCCCGUAAGUCCUAACAGCUGUAAGGAGAGCCCCUGUGUGCUGUUCUACAUUCCUGACGGACACACCAAGGAUAUGCCCACUGCUGGAUCUAAGGACAAGAGCAAGAGCCAGGCCCCCAGCAACACACCUGCCUCUACCACCACCAAGGCUGCCUCUGCCCCCGCCAAGGCUGCCUCUGCCCCCGCCAAGGCUGCCUCUGCCCCCGCCCCCGCACCUGCCUCAUCCUCAGCCGGUGACAUAUUCUCAAGCAUUUUAGCACAAGGUGAAGCUGUACGUCAGCUUAAGGUUGCCAAAGCUCCUAAAGAGGAAGUCGACAAUGCGGUUCAGCAGCUGCUUUCCCUAAAGGCACAGUUUAAGCAGCAGACAGGAACAGACUACAAGCCAGGCAUGGCUCCUCCCACAUCUGCUGCAGCUCUGCCCACCACUGCAACAAACUCUGCCUCCUCCUGUCCACUAACCCGCGUCAACCAGCAGGGGGAGCUGGUCAGGAAACUGAAGGCAGAGAAGGCAUCUAAGGACCAGAUUGAUGCUGCAGUGAAGCAGCUCCUCGCUCUCAAGGCAGAGUUUAAACAGCUGACCGGUCAGGAUUACAAACCUGGGAUGGCCCCUCCCUCCCCUGCUCCUUCUCCUGCGACCACCCCCUCCUCUUCCACUUCCUCGGGCGUGUAUGAGCGCGUUUCUCAACAGGGGGAAGUUGUGAGGAAACUGAAGUCUGAAAAAGCCCCCAAGGAUCAGGUGGAUGCAGCAGUCAAACAGCUGCUGGUCCUGAAGGCCGAAUACAAAGAGGCCACAGGCCAGGACUACAAGCCUGGAGCAGCCCCUGUCCAAAGAUCCUCCGCCCCAGUCCAAAAACCCCCCGCCCCAGUCCAGAGCAGCUCUGCUCCUGCUGCCUCCGGCCUCUAUGAGAAGGUCUCUGAGCAGGGAGAAGUGGUCAGGAAACUGAAGGUUGAAAAGGCCUCAAAGGAUCAGGUCGAUGCAGCGGUGAAGCAGCUGCUGCUUCUAAAGGCGGAGUAUAAGCAGCAGACCGGACAGGAUUACAAACUGGGAGCACAAGCCCCUGCUAGCAAAGCCCAGACCCCGCCCAGCGCUCCCUCCACCCAGGCCGGCUCCCCACCACAGGCCCAGGAACUGUUCUCACAGGUGUCACAACAGGGAGAGCUAGUGAGGAAGCUGAAGACCGAGAAGGCCCCCAAGGACCAGGUGGAUGCAGCCGUGAAGGCUCUGCUUGACCUGAAGAGCCAGUACAAGACGCUCACAGGACAGGAUUACAAACCAGUGGCUGCUGCUGGAGCCACAGGAGGAGAGGACAAGAACCGCAAGGAGAGGGAGAACAAGUCUGAGAAACGAGGAGGAGGAGGAGGAGGAGGAGGAGGAGGAGGAGGGAAGAAGGGUAAAGGAGACAAAGGUGGCCAAGGAAAGGAGGCAGCAGGAGGAGCAGGAGGAGGAGAGGGUCAAGGAUCUAAGAAACAAACACGGUUGGGCUUAGAGGCCAAGAAAGAGGAGAACCUUUCUGACUGGUACUCUCAGGUCAUCACUAAGGCAGAGAUGAUUGAGUACUACGAUGUGAGCGGCUGCUAUGUGCUGCGGCCCUGGUCUUAUUCCAUCUGGCAGACCAUCCAAGCCUUCUUUGACGCGGAGAUCAAGAAACUGGGUGUGGAGAACUGCUACUUCCCCAUGUUUGUGUCUCAGGCCGCUCUGGAGAAGGAAAAAUCCCACAUUGAAGACUUCGCUCCAGAGGUUGCCUGGGUUACGCGGUCAGGAAACACUGAGCUGGCAGAGCCCAUUGCGGUCAGACCCACUAGUGAGACAGCGAUGUACCCCGCCUUUGCCAAAUGGGUCCAGUCCCACAGAGACCUGCCCAUCAAACUCAACCAGUGGUGUAACGUUGUGAGGUGGGAGUUCAAACACCCCCAACCUUUCCUGAGGACAAGAGAGUUCCUAUGGCAGGAGGGACACACAGCUUUCGCCACCAAAGAGGAGGCAGCUGAGGAGGUGCUCCAAAUCCUGGAUCUGUACGCCAGGGUGUAUGAAGAGCUGAUGGCCAUCCCCGUGGUGAAGGGCAGGAAGACGGAGAAGGAGAAGUUUGCAGGAGGAGAUUACACCACCACUGUCGAGGCCUUCAUUUCUGCCAGCGGCCGCGCCAUUCAGGGUGCUACAUCUCACCAUCUUGGUCAGAACUUCGCCAAGAUGUUCGAGAUCACGUUUGAGGAUCCCAAGAGGCCAGGUGAGAAACAGCUGGUUUACCAGAACUCCUGGGGAAUCACGACCAGGACCAUCGGUGUCCUCACCAUGGUGCACGGAGACAACAUGGGACUCGUUCUGCCCCCCAAAGUGGCCUGCCUCCAGGUUGUCAUCAUCCCAUGUGGGCUCACUGCCUCGCUGCCGGAGCAGGACAAGGAGGCUGUGUUGGCCCAGUGCUCGAAGUACCUUAGCAGGCUGCUGGCUGCAGGCGUCAGGGUGAAGAGCGACCUCCGGGACAACUACUCCCCAGGGUGGAAGUUCAACCACUGGGAGCUCAAGGGCGUUCCUAUCCGUCUGGAGGUGGGUCCUAAAGACAUGCAGCAGCGUCAGUGUGUCGCCGUGAGGAGAGACUCUGGCGCCAAGGUGACGAUUCCAGAGGCCGAGGUGGAGAAGAAGCUGGUGGCCAUGUUGGAAGACAUCCAGAGCAGCCUGUUCAAGAAAGCGUCAGAUGACCUGAACAGCAACAUGGUGGCUGCAGACACAAUGGAAGAGUUCCAGAAAAUGUUGGAGCAGGGCAAGAUUGUCCAGAUCCCCUUCUGUGGGGAAAUUGAUUGCGAGGAUUCGAUCAAGAAAACCACUGCCAAGGACCAGGACCUGGAGCCUGGGGCCCCGUCCAUGGGGGCCAAGAGCCUCUGCAUCCCCUUCUCUCCCCUGAAGACACUGCAGCCAGGGCAGAAGUGUGUCUGCGGGAAGGAGCCCGCCAAGUACUACACCCUUUUCGGACGCAGCUACUAAACCCCGCUCUGCUGGAGCACGAGGAUGAUCAUCGCAGUGAAAAGGGCUUUCCUUUCGUUUUCUCAUGUAUUUCUUUUUCCUCUCAUCUCUUGUCAAUGCAUAGGGUAACAGGGGUAUGACCACGGGACUGUGGUAUUUAAAAUGGGAAUAUGUUUUUUUGUUUGUUUUUAAACACAUGUUGGCAAUGUUAUAAUGCAGCUGGAGGAAGGCGGAGGUGAAAGGAACAGUUUACUCUUAUUCCGUUUUAAAAGAUAGUGGUCUGCGCUGUUCACUGUUAGAAAUCCGUUAUUGGGAAAAUGUUUGUCAUGCUGUCAGGCUUCUACAUUGAUGAUUAUAAAAUUAUAAAUGUUUACUAUUCUUUCAAACUGAAAUUUUUGUAUAACUCCCUACAGGAAAAACCCUGAUUUAUUUGGUUUAAGUAUUUGUCAACCCUUAUAAACAUAAAUAGUCCUUUUUGAAAGAAAGAAUGAAAUCCUGAGAAGCAUACCCUCUACUGCCAUCUGGGUUAAGUGUCUUGUCCCGUCUCUUGCAGCAAAACAGUCUCAGGAACUCUUGAUAAAACGUCCUCAGUUCCACCACAGCCUAAUGAAAGAAAACUGUUCAUAGUUAAUAGUCAGUAAUAUAGUUCUCUGUUACUACUCCCAUGCAAUAACUCUAGUCUAUAAUAAAGUAAUUUACAUGGCAAACUGUUGUUUUUGUUUUGGAUAUUUGUUUUGGACUAAUGCAUUAUAUCAUAUUAGCUAUAUGAAAUCAAUAUAAGGGUUACAAUGUACAUUUGUAAUUGAGUAACAUCGUUUAUAGCAUAAUGUGCUUCACAAUCUGAGUAAUUAUUACAGUUUUAUUGUAUUUUAAUGUGUAUGAUUGUGCAGAUAAACUAGUACGUGUAUAUGUAGUGGGAUAUGCAAGGUAAUUGUUUGUACAUUAUGCAUUCUGUAGCAAGCUUUCUUGAUUACAUAAUACUGAGCCUGGUGUGCCAAAA